GGUAGCUUGCUAGCCAACAUAGCCGAAACAUUCAAGCUAUUUAUACGCUUUCGGUCUAUAUUGGCUUCUGUGUUUUAGAAGUACUUCUGUCGUAUCUACUUGUUAACCUAUUUAAUUUAAUAUUACGUUAUUUUGUAUUAGUCAGCUAUAGUAGCUGGCUGGUUAAGUUAGCAUUAGCCUAGUCGCUAAUGAUACAUAACUAACAUCCCCGAACAUGAGCUCCCUAAACAUCUCCCCUCCUGUUAAAGAAGAUGAGAUCUGCUGGACGGAGAAAGAAACUCUGGGGCUGAACAUUGUCGUGAAAGAGGAGAAGGAAGAGGAGGAUGUCACAGUAAAAAAAGAAGUAGAGGGUGAGGCUGUUACUGUGAAAGAUGAAGAGAAAGACGUUACAGUAAAAGAAGAGGAAGACUCGUUCAGAGUGAAAGAGGAGGAUGUUCCAGUAAAAGAAGAGAAAGAGGAGGGUGUAGUGUUUGGAGUGAAGAAGGAAGGAAAGGAGGAGACGGAAGGAGAGAGAUGUGAACUUCGUGGAUCCCCUGGGGAGCCUCAACAACAUCAUGAAGCUGACGAGGCAGAGCAGAGUCUCUCCACAUCAGAACACCACAAGAAACAACAUCAGAGACCCACAGGAAAGAAACCUUACUGCUGCUCUGACUGUGGGAAACGUUUCAAAUCUUCAUCAGAAUUGAAAAAACACCAGCGAUUACACACAGGAGAGAAGCCUUAUAGCUGUAAUCAAUGUGGGAAGAGUUUUACUCAGUCAAGCCACCUGGUAUCACACAAGAGAACACACACAGGAGAGAAGCCUUAUAGCUGUGAUCAGUGUGGCAAGAGUUUUACUCAGUCAAGUAGCCUGGUAUCACACCAGAGAACACAUACAGGAGAACAGCCAUAUAGCUGUGAUCAGUGUGGCAAGGGUUUUACUCUGUCAACCAACCUGGUAUCACACCAGAGAACACACACAGGACAUCAGCCAUAUAGCUGUGAUGUAUGUGCAGACAGUUUUACUACAUCAAGCCAGCUGGUAGUACACCAGCGAGUACACACAGGAGAGAAACCUUAUAGCUGUAAUCAGUGUGGGAAGAGUUUUACUCAGUCAAACAGCCUGAAAUCACACCAGAGAACACACACGGGAGAGAAACCUUAUAGCUGUGAUCAAUGUGACAAGAGAUACUCUCAUUCAAGUAGUCUGAUUAAACAUCAGAAAAUACAUGCUGGAGAUCCACGGAGUGUGGAAUGAUCUCCAACACAAGACCUAUAUACAGUUGAAGUCAUAAGUUUACAUACACCUUAGCCAAACACAUUUAAACUUAGUUUUUCACAAUUUCUGACAUUUAAUCCUAAUAGAAAUUCCCUGUCUUAUGUCA